GCGUCUGGAUGUGGAGCCGGAUUUUCAUCUCUUCUUACUGAAUGGUUUAGCAGGUGCAGAGGAAGCGUUGGCUUUUCAUGUUGGAAGGAAUGCAGGUGGUUGGGUCGAGAAUGAUCGCGUGGUGGCCGCUGGUCUUCCUGGCACUGGUGCAGUUUCCGGACUCUACAAAAGCACAGAUUCCAGGCCCACGAAGACUAAGAUUUAAAAUGAUGGAUUCUGACAAGUUACAUGUGUCAUGGAAAGAGCCUAAGGGAACAUAUGACGGCUAUAGACUUAUCUACAGCAGUGCUCCAGGUGGAGAGCGGAAUGAGAUUCGAAUCGCAAAGGGUGAGAACAGAGCGGUAAUAAAUGACUUCAAUCCCAUGAAGGAGUACACAGUCAAGGUUAUAGCUGUGAGCGGAAAACAGCAAAGCAAAGCACUUCAAGGGACCUACACAGCUGAGUUUCGGGAGGUUGAUGGAGAGAUCACCCAACCAAACAGAUUAAAAGAAACCUUGCCAACAUCGGGCGGCCCUGAGACGUUAGGAGCAGACCAGUUUGUGUGCAGCACUCCUGCGAUCGCAGAUAUUGUCAUCCUGGUAGAUGGCUCCUGGAGUAUCGGCAGGCUUAAUUUCCGCCUGGUGCGGACGUUUCUUGAAAAUAUGGUUACUGCUUUUGAUGUGGGAAUUGACAGAACACGUAUCGGACUGGCCCAGUACAGCGGAGAUCCCAGGAUUGAAUGGCACCUCAAUGCAUUUCCUACCAAAGAAGCCGUGAUUGAUGCUGUCAAAAACCUGCCAUACAAAGGAGGAAACACACUCACAGGCUUGGCUCUUACAUACAUGCUCAAAAACAGCUUCAAACCUGAAUCUGGAUCUCGGAGUAACGUUCCUAAAAUUGGGAUCCUGGUCACCGAUGGCAAAUCGCAGGAUGCUGUCGGCGUUCCUGCACAAGACCUGAAGGACACUGGUGUUGAGCUUUUUGCCAUUGGUGUAAAGAACGCUGAUGAAAACGAGCUGAAGGUGAUUGCAUCUGAGCCAGAUGAAACCCAUGUUUACAACGUGGCUGACUUCAGCAUCAUGAAUUCUAUAGUGGAGGGUCUGACUAGGACUGUGUGCAAAGGUGUGGAGCAACAGGACAAAGAGAUCAGAAGGGAUUCAGUCCCUGAAGAGACUGUGGGCUCUCCUAGGGAUUUGGUAACUUCAGAAGUAACAGCACGGAGUUUCCGUGUCUCCUGGAGCCAUGCGCCCGGCAGCGUGGAGAAGUACCGGGUGGUUUACUAUCCUACAAAAGGAGGUUCCCCAGAAGAGGUCGUCGUGGAUGGCACAGAGAGCACAGCCGUGCUGACAAACCUCAACUCCCAGACUGAGUAUGAGAUUGCUGUGUUUUCUGUGUACACAACCUCAGCCAGUGAAGCUCUCAGGGGCAGCGAGACCACACUGGCUCUACCUAUUGUUGAGGAUUUGGAGCUGUAUGAUCUAACACCCACCACCAUGCAGGCUCGAUGGAAGGCUGUAGAAGGGGCUUCUGGGUACAUGGUUCUGUACGCACCUCUAAGCAGUGAAACUACUGAAGAAACAGAGGUUAAAGUAGACGCCACGGUGACUGACAUGACGCUGGUGAAUUUAAAUCCAGACACAGAGUACACAGUAACAGUCUACGGCAUGUUCGGAGACGAGGCCAGCGACCCCGCUACAGUGCAGGAGACCACAUUGCCUCUGAGGCCUCCUCGUAACCUACGUGUCACUGAGGUCGACCACAACUCUGUAAGGCUCAACUGGGACGCACCGUCAAAUGCAGUCAAGGGCUAUCAAGUGAUGUAUGUCAAAAAUGAUGAUGUCCAGACUAAUGAGGUAAACAUGGGUCCGGUCACUAACGUGUACCUGAAGGACCUGGCAUCCCAAACCAAUUACACAGUAGCUGUGUUUGCUCUGUAUGAUGCAGGCCAAGCAGAAGCCCUGGAUGGAAGCUUCACCACGAAACUCGUUCCAGCACCGCGGAACCUCAGGAUCAAUGAAGUGAUGCCAGAUAGCUUCCGGGUGAGCUGGACGCAGCCUGCGGAUGGUGUGGAGCUUUAUAAACUCGCCUGGAGAGCCUAUGGAGGAGGAGACAUGAAAGAGGUGAUCCUUUCAGGCGACAUGGACUCCUACGAGGUGGACAGCCUUUCCCCCCUCACUGAGUAUAAGGUGCUGCUGUCUGCCAUCUACAGAGACACGGCUGAGAGCAGUGCUACAGUUGCACUGGAGACCACAUUGGCGAUGCCUGCCACGACAGCCUUCCCCUCAACGACCCCACCAGUGACUCGGCUGGGAUUAACCGACCUGCUGGUGGACGAUGAGACCACGCACAGUCUGCAGGUCAGCUGGGAAAUACAGGACACAGAUGUCGAGCAGUACAGAGUGACCUACGUCAGCCAGAGGGGGGACCGAGCCGAGGAGUCGGUGCUGGUCCCAGGUCAUGAAAAGACUGUGCUGUUACAACCACUGCUCUCAGACACAGAGUACAAAAUAACGGUUCAUCCUGUUUAUCCUGACGGAGAGGGCAGUGCACUCUCCAUGUCCUCUUCUGGACGGACAUUACCACUGCUGGCACCUGAGAACCUCCGGGUAUCUGAGGAAUGGUACAACCGAUUUCGCCUCACCUGGGACACACCUGCCUCUCCGACCAUGGGCUACAGAAUCAUCUAUCAGCCCACCUUGGUGACGGGUCCUGCUCUGGAGACGUUUGUAGGUGAAGAUGUAAACACACUGUUGAUGUUGAAUCUGCUACCCAGCACAGAAUACAGCGUUAAGGUCAUCGCUUCAUACACCACCGGCUCCAGCGAACCUCUCUCAGGCACCGCCAAGACAAUGUUUCUGGGAGUUGGUAGACUCAGAACAUACCAGGUGCAGAGCAACAACAUGUGUGCACAGUGGCAACCUGUCAGUCAGGCGUCCCUCUACAGGGUCAUCAUCGAGUCCCUGUUCAAUGGCCAGCAACAGGAGAUGAGUGUGAGUGGUGGAGCCUCCAGGCAAUGUUUCUCCAACCUGACACCUAACACACAGUACAAGAUCAGCGUCUACACACAGCUGCAGGAAAUGGAGGGUCCAGCCGUCACCGUCAUGGACACAACACUUCCAGUUCCAACCCAACCACCUACCGAACCCCCGACCACUCCUCCUCCACCCACCGUACCAUCGGCCAAAGAAGUUUGUAAAGCAGCCAAAGCAGACCUGGUGUUCCUGGUGGAUGGAUCCUGGAGUAUAGGCGAUGACAACUUCCAGAAGAUCAUCCACUUCUUGUACAGCACAACUGGUGCGCUCGAUGUCAUUGGGCCUGAAGGAACACAGGUGGCCAUUGUUCAGUUCAGCGAUGAUGCCAGAACUGAAUUCAUGCUGAGCUCCUAUAAGGAUAAAGAAUCCCUGCUGGGUGCAGUGCAGCGCAUCACUUAUAAAGGAGGAAACACCAAAACAGGUCGAGCCAUUAAGCAUGUGAAGGAGAACAUCUUUACAGAGGAGGCUGGUGUAAGGAGAGGAAUCCCCAAAGUGCUGGUGGUGCUCACAGAUGGUCGCUCACAGGACGACGUUAACAAGAUCUCCAAAGACAUGCAGAUGGAGGGUUACAUCAUUUUUGCCAUCGGCUUUGCUGACGCGGAUUACGGAGAGCUGGUGAACAUUGCCAGCAAACCCAGUGAGAAACACGUUUUCUUUGUGGACGACCUGGAUGCUGUCAAGAAAAUUGAGGAGCAGCUCAUAACAUUUGUGUGUGAGGCAGCAACAGCCACGUGUCCCUCGGUGCUGAUGAGUGGGAACACCCUAGCAGGCUUUCGGAUGAUGGAGAGGUUUGGAUUGGUGGAGAAGCAGUACAGUAGCGUACAGGGUGUUUCUAUGGAGCCGGGAACUUUCAACAGCUUCCCCUGCUACAGACUGCACAAGGACGCUCUCGUCUCACAGCCGACCAAAUAUCUGCACCCUGAGGGACUUCCUUCUGAUUACACCAUCACAGUGCUGUUCCGCAUCCUGCCGGAAACUCCUCAGAAGCCUUUUGCUUUGUGGGAAAUUCGCAAUAAAGACAAUGAACCCCUGGUGGGCAUCAUAUUAGACAAUGAAGGAAAAACCUUGACCUUCUUUAACUACGACUACAAGGCAGAUUUCCAGACGGUGACCUUCGAAGGACCUGACAUCAAGAAGAUCUUUUAUGGCAGUUUCCAUAAGCUUCAUGUGGCAGUUAGCAAGACUGCAGCGAAGGUGGUGAUAGACUGUAAGACUGUGGGAGAAAAGCCCAUCAACGCCGCUGGGAACAUCACCACAGACGGACUGGAAGUUCUGGGCAGAAUGGUGCACUCACGCGAAAAGAGGGACAACUCAGCACCGUUUCAGCUGCAGAUGUUCGAUAUCGUGUGUAGUACAUCGUGGGCCAGUCGAGAUAAAUGCUGUGAGCUUCCAGGCCUGAGAGUAGAGCAAGACUGUCCGGCUCUUCCACAUUCCUGCACCUGCUCCCAGGACAGCAAAGGACCACCGGGACCCUCUGGACCCCCAGGCGGUCCUGGUAUAAGAGGUACAAGAGGUGACCGGGGGGAACCAGGCACAGUGGGGUCUCAAGGGUCAGCUGGUGAGAUUGGGCCUCCAGGACCUCAGGGACCUCCUGGACCACAGGGACCUAGUGGACUCUCUAUCCAGGGGCCACCAGGAUCUCCAGGACAGAAGGGAGAGAAAGGUGACCCAGGUCUGCUGGGUCCUCAGGGCAUGCCAGGAGCCCCUGGAGGACCAGGUAGAGAUGGCCCACCAGGACAGAGGGGUUUGCCUGGAAAGGAUGGACCACAAGGACAACAGGGCCAGACAGGUCCUAUUGGCAGUCCUGGUUCUCCCGGAGCUCCAGGAACCACGGGGCCAUCAGGAAAACAGGGUGAUCACGGCCCACCUGGCCUUCCUGGCACCAAGGGCGAGCGAGGAGAAAGGGGUGACAUGCAGUCUCAGGCAACGGUUCGAUCCAUAGCUCGACAAGUGUGUGAACAGUUAAUUCAGAGCCAUUUAUCUCGCUACAACUCCAUCCUGAAUCAGAUCCCCAGUCAUCCUGUGUCAAUACGGACAGUGGCAGGUCCUCCAGGAGAAGCAGGCCGUCAGGGCCUUCCAGGGCAACAGGGAGAGCAAGGGCCUCCAGGCAGACCGGGCUUCCCUGGAUCAAAUGGACUGAGUGGCCAACCAGGCGAGAGAGGUCUGUCAGGAGAGAAAGGUGACAAAGGAAGUCCAGGUGUGGGAACACAGGGUCCCCGUGGACCCCCAGGACCCCCAGGGCCUUCAGGCGAAGGCAGGACAGGCAACCAAGGUCCUCCAGGCAGGCCAGGCAAUCAGGGAACUCCAGGUCGCCCUGGAAGCCCUGGCUCCACCGGACCAGCGGGACCACCAGGCUAUUGCGACCAGAAUUCCUGUUUAGGGUACAACGUCGGAGUCCAACAGUUACCUCCCAGUACCUACCAAAACCAGGGGCCUACCAACACUAACAAUGAGGAGGAUGAAGAGGAGGACCCAUACGAUGAAUAUCAACGCUACCCACCCCAGUACUAUCAACCCAACUACCCAGACCCUCGUGGUGCACAGCCUGGAAAUGCCUACCCCAGUGCCAUGAGGGGACUAGGCAUGCAUCGCUACUCUCGCAGCCUGAGGGAAAGAAGCGCCACUCAGAACACAAUACAGACGGAAGACGAGAGUGCACAAUGACAACCUCAUUCACAAAAACACACAUACCCAUAUGCACAUUGAUUAUUGAACUAAGUAUCCAGCUGGAUAGGGUUAGGUAAGAAUAUUUGGAAAGUGCCUAAUAUAUGCAUAAUUACUGCGAGCAUGGGUGGUACAGGGGGAGGACAGGAAACCAAAACUGUGCCCACAGACCGCCAGUGACUUUUAUUGUUUUUUUUUAAAUGUAAAACUGCAUGUAAUCAUUUAAGACUUCGACAAAGCAGUGAUUUGGAAAUAGUCCUCAGCAUCUUUUGGGAAAAUGUCAUUGAAUGUGGGGUGCAACUGUACAGUUUGUGUAAUUGUUUUUAUUAAAAAAAGAAAAUUGAAUUUCA